GCCGAGGAUGCGACUAGAAUCGACUCCAAAUCAAAGCAGGCGACGGAGUUUGAUCGAUAAAAGUCAAACGAUUGUGUGGAGCGCCCAACUUGGGGCUAAUCAGAACGGUGUAAAUAGUAAGUUGGUAGUUAGUCGCGGAGUGCAACACAGAACGGUCGAAAAAGGAUCGAGAUGGAGGAGCUGCAGGAUGCCAGCAUCCAUCACAUGACCGCGAAGGUCAUCGCGGCCAUUAAGAACACAAAGAGCUACGAGCCCAUUUACAAGGAGCUGCAGAAACUGGUCUGCAAUCCCAGCGUGGACACCCACGAUAUGCGCAACACCCUCGAGGACGCCAUCAAGAGUGCCGGCCUGGAAACGGAGAUCAGGAACAUAGUAUACAACCUGGUGCGGAGUCGAUUGGCCAGACCCGAUGACAAGUCCCUCGCCAGCAAACAAUCAGCGAAACCCACCGUUAGCGAUCCACUUGGCUAUCUGAAAAGGGCCGGGGUUCUUUGGGAUCGAAGGGUUAGAAAGAGUUUGAAUGCCAUGUGCACAGAGCUGAAGGUUCCACUUCAUGGACAACCGAGGAUCAGUGCCGAUCGCGAGGACUUCAUGGCCAAGUGGAACGAACUGAGCAACUACAAUAUGGAUCUGGCCAACUAUAGGCCAGUAUACGCACCGAAGGAUCUACUGGAGGUACUUCUCUCGCUGAAAGGACCCGCCAAAACCACCGAAAAUACAGACCAAAUCCCUCAGUGGGAGUUCUCCCACAUUGCCCUGCCGGUGAAGAAUUUGUUUGAGUUGCGCGCCCAUUAUGCAGAUCUGCUGCGAAGUGAUGGCUAUCUGGGAGUGCCCGAUCUCACGGUGCAAUGCCAGAGGAUUCUGGAGGGCAGGCAUGCGCCCAUGUGCCAGCAGUUCCUGAAGAAGGGCUGCACCCCGGCACCAUACAGAGGAGCACUCUGGGCCUCCGUACUGGACAGCAAGCUGCAUGACUAUGACAUUGACUACUGGCAGAAGCUGCGCAAUGCCGUGUGGACCACAGACCACAUCGUGGACAAGCUGGUCUUCAAGGACAUCCAGCUGACGGCCUCCAACGAUGACCAGUACUUUGUGUUCGAGGACGUGCUCUACCAGGUGCUGCUCUGCUUCUCCCGGGACACGGACAUCGGUGGCUGUGUGGAGUACGAGGCUUUUCCGGUGAAGGGCAAGACGUACGAGGGUCCGCCUUCGGGCGUGGUUCCCUUCCACGGCAUCUGCAUGUUCGCCGCUCCCUUCUGCUAUCUGUACGACUCGCCGGUGAAUCUGUACUACACGUUCCGAGCCUUCUACAUCCGGUACUGCCAUCGCCUGACCACGAUCAAUACGCAUCCGCAGGGGAUUGUCAGCCUGUGCCUGCUCUUCGAGAAGCUGCUCCAAACGUACGAGCCGCAGUUGUGGUCCCACUUCCGAGAGCUGCAGAUCCAGCCACUGAGGGUCGUCUUCAAAUGGCUGAUGCGCGCGUUUUCCGGUCAUUUGCCUCCCGAUCAACUACUGGUCCUCUGGGAUUUGAUCCUUGGCUUCGACAGCUUGGAGAUCCUGCCGCUGUUCGCCAUCAUCAUCUUGAGCUUCAGAAAGGAGAGCAUCAUGCAGGUGGCCUCGCUGGACAGCAUCGAAGCCAUCCUGGCGGAUCUGUCCUCCAUUAAAGUGCUGCCCCUGGUGCAACUGGCACUUAGUCGGGACUGAAUGUGUGCUUUUUACCUAGUUACAAAAUUAAAGUAUUAAGUGUUCGGAAAAAUAAAAUUGUCAAUGCAGUAUAA